UCUUUUCCUUUUCCCCUUUGUUGUCCGGAGGAAGCAGCAGAGAGACCAUUGGAGGGUCCGUCUUCUCUUCUCCUUUGCUGCACUUGGGUGAUGAACAAAAGUCGAGGACAAUUCUAUUCCUUCUCUUCGAUCUCAAGGAGAGACUGAGGUGGGGGGCGGGGGGGGGGACGAGAGCUCCAAUAGCUUUAAGAGGGACAAGCUUCUUUCUUCUUUUCCUUUUCCAUUUUUUCCCCCCCCUUUUUUCUUCUCUCUCCUCUUUCCUCUUCCUCGGUGCCUCUGGUUAUCGUUCCUAUUGAUCUGGAUAAGAGAAACACAGGAGAGGAGGUGAUGGAGAACAAGACAACCAUCGCUUAGCGUCGGACACCACGAGUUCUCUGCCAUGGUUUCCAUCAGCAAGAAGUCACACGAGAACACGAUUCGGACAUGCCCCUCCUGCGGCUAUCCCAUUCAGUAUCAACGCCAGGUUGCUCCCUCCAUGCAAGACUUUCUCGGGUUGCCUGCAGGCGUCAAGUUUGAUCCCACCGACCAAGAGCUGCUCCAACACUUGGAGGGCAAGGCGAGGUCAGAUCCCCAGAGGCUUCACCCCCUCAUCGACGACUUCAUCCCUACGAUCGAAGGAGAAGACGGCAUCUGCUACACACACCCCGAGAAGCUCCCUGGCGUGCGAAGCGAUGGGCUGGUUCGACACUUCUUCCAUCGCCCUUCCAGAGCAUACACGACGGGGACGAGGAAGAGGCGAAAGGUGCACACCGACGUGCAUGGAAGCGAGACGCGGUGGCAUAAGACCGGGAAGACGAGGCCGGUGUUCGCAGGUGGUGAUCUGAAGGGGUACAAGAAGAUCCUCGUUCUCUACACCAACUACGGCAAGCAGCGGAAGCCCGAGAAGACAAACUGGAUAAUGCAUCAGUACCACUUGGGCUUCGACGAAGAAGAGAAGGACGGAGAGUUGGUGGUGUCCAAGAUCUUCUUCCAGACGCAGCCUCGGCAGUGUGGCUCGGCACUCAAGGAUACAUUUCAGACCAAACUCAAGGGUCUGGUGGCGGACGAGGAUGAGGAAGAGGAGGACAACGAGGACGACGAUGGCAAUGCGGUGAGGGAUGGAAACGGCGGUGGCUAUUACACGCCGUCGCUGAUGGCCUACACCCAAGGUGGCCAAGACCGAGUUAGCUCGCCCCAUCUAUUUCCAAGCUUUCCCACCAUGCAUGCCACCGGGGCUCCUCCUCCCUUCCUUUCCUGAACACGAGUGGAGUAGACGAGGAUUCGUCCUCGAUUAAUUUUAGGAGAUGGAAGACUCCAUGUAGAUCCAUCCAUUCAACCGUGCAUUCUGUGAUGAUGAUGUGGAAACUUCACAGUUAGCACGACAGAACUUAACAAUUCAGGGCUAUGUAGAUUCGAUUCAUCCGACAAAGUUGUUCAGCUGAAACCCAUUGAAUAAAAAUGACGGUGGCCAACCUUUGGUGGCGCGUAUGCAUGCUUUAUUCACAACAA